CGAAAUGGUCAACAAAACAAAGUGAUAGAAAAGUCAUGUGUUCAAAACAUCAAAUUAGUUAAUUGCUUGCUUGCUUCCUCUGGGUCAAGGCAAGGCCGUUCAGUCCUCUCCUUUAAGUCCAGUCGUCGCUGAGGCCUCAUCAACAAACCCCUCUUCACUUUUUCUCCAUUUCUCCAUUUCACUCCUUUGCUUCUCCACUCAGCUGCUCAAAAGAUCCCAGUUUUACACAUGUUUGCCAUAUGCAGCUCAUAUCAGAAGCAACAACUAAAGUUCGUGUUUCAUCAGUAGAUAUUUGAAGUAAGAUUUUCUGCUUUAUGAAGAUGGGCUUGAGUAGCAGAAACAUUGUUGUUCUUAUUGGUAUUUCCACCUGGCUGUUUUUGGUUAUCGAUUUUACCUAUGGUGGUCAGAGUGAUGUUAACUGCUUAAGAUCUUUAAAAAAUUCUAUGAAAGACCCCUUAAAUAGCUUGUACAAUUGGAACUUCAAUAAUAACACUGAAGGCUUCAUCUGUAGAUUUAAUGGGAUUGAGUGUUGGCAUGAAAAUGAGAACAGGGUUUUAAAUAUAAAGCUUUCAGAUAUGGGACUGAAAGGCGAGUUCCCACGUGGUAUUGUAGAUUGUUCGUCAGUGACAGGAGUAGAUCUUUCAAGUAAUGAGCUCAGUGGAAGUAUUCCAUCAGAUAUCUCUAAAAUCCUUGGGUUUGUGACCAAUCUUGAUCUCUCCUCCAACUUAUUAGCUGGAACAAUCCCAACAAACCUUGCAAAUUGUACAUAUCUAAAUAUUCUUAGGUUGGACAAAAACCAGUUGUCAGGUCAGAUUCCUCCUGAAUUUGCUAAUCUCAACCGAAUAAAGACAUUUACUGUGACAGGCAAUCGCUUGACUGGACCAGUUCCGCCGUUCAGGGUUAGCAUUACAGCUGAUAGUUAUUCAGGUAAUCCAGGGCUCUGCGGGAAACCUUUGGCCGAUUGUAAAGGCUCUUCAAAGAAAAAUAAUACUGGAGUCAUUGCUGCAGCAGCUGUUGGUGGAGUGGUUUUUGCAGCAUUACUAGUUGGUGUAAGUUUGUUAUUCUUUUGCCGGAGGGUGGUUAGAAAGAAGGAUGAUGAUCCAGAUGGAAAUAAAUGGACAAAGAGUCUCAAAGGUGCAAAACGAAUCCAGCUUUCUAUGUUCGAGAAGUCUGUUUCAAAAAUGAGAUUGAGUGAUCUCAUGAAGGCUACUAACAGCUUCAACAAGGAUAAUAUAAUUGGGACAGGAAGAACAGGGACUGUAUACAAAGCAUUGCUUGAAGAUGGCACUUCACUGAUGGUGAAAAGGUUGCAAGAUACUCAACACUCAGAGAAAGAAUUCGAGGCAGAGAUGGCAACUCUGGGAAAAGUAAAACACCGCAACUUGGUUCCACUUCUAGGUUUUUGCAUGGCUAAGAAGGAAAGGCUACUGAUUUAUAAAUACAUGCCAAACGGUACUUUAUAUGAUAAGUUGCAUCUUGUCGGUGAUGGUGAUACAGUUUUAGACUGGCCUCUAAGGCUCAGAAUUGGUAUUCAGGCAGCUAAAGGCUUUGCAUGGCUCCAUCAUACUUGCAAUCCCCGCAUCAUACACCGAAACAUAAGCUCUAAAUGCAUCUUGCUAGAUGUUGAUUACGAGCCUAAAAUUACCGAUUUUGGUCUAGCGAGGCUCAUGAAUCCAGUUGACACCCAUUUGAGUACUUUUGUGAAUGGUGAGUUUGGGGAUCUGGGUUAUGUUGCUCCUGAGUAUGCCCGGACCCUGGUGGCGACGCUAAAAGGUGACAUCUACAGUUUUGGAGUAGUGCUUCUGGAAUUGGUAACUGGUGAGAGAUCCACUUAUAUUGCUAAAGCCCCUGAAAGCUUCAAGGGAAGCUUGGUGGAAUGGGUUACAGAAUUAUCUAAAGAAUCCAAGCUUCAAGAUGCCAUUGACAAGCCCUUGCUUGGAAAAGGUUGUGAUGGUGAGCUUUUCCAAUUUCUUAAGGUUGCAUGUAAUUGUGUGAUUCCAGGUCCAAAAGAGAGGCCAACUAUGUUUGAAGUGUACCAGCUUCUUCGAGCUAUUGGGCAGAAAUACAAUUUUACAUCAGAAGAUGAUAUAAUGCUGCUAUCAGAUUCUGGUGGUGAUGCUGACUUAGAGGAACUUAUUGUUUCCAGAGAAGUCAGAGGAAAACAAUAGGUAAGAGUAAAGGAGAGAUAGCAUAAGAGUCUCCACCUAAUUUGUGUAAUUAUGUGUUACUUCUGUUUCUUUUAUCAAUGUUUAUAUUAGUGCGUAAUAUAACCAUUUUAUGUGGUGUAUCAUAUCUAUUUUGUAUUGGCUGAACUACUGGUGAAGCAACUAUUUUGGCUCA